GAGAGUACUUGCAGCAAUUUAUAAGGCGAUGACAGAGAAAACACUGUCUGACAGGAGGAAAAAGGUGCCUGAACUGCCGGGACAGUUUUCAGCCUUAUCAACAUUAACUUUCAUGGAUUAUUCCCUUGACCCUAUAUUUCCAGAUCUAUUGGAGUUCGUUCACUUUUCAUGAGAAAUUAACUGUCCACUCAAAUUGACUGCUUAGGCGUUAUGGAGUUCUUCUGUCGAAAGAAAAAGAAUAGGCCUAUAAGGACUGCAGUCAGCUUGACUCUGGUGUUUGCCACUUUGCUGAUGCUUCAGAAACUGAUAACAGUGGAUACGAACAUUAGGGAUAUCAAGGUCGAAUUGAAAACAAAGUUCUGUGGCCCCGAAUGCGAGUCAGUCAAAAAGAACAGCAUAAGGACCGUUGGAGAUUCAGCCCAAACGAGUGAAAGUAGCUUGGCACCGGUGACCAAUAUCAUGCCAACAACUUGGGACGUGCAGACUAUUAACUGUACAGAAAAUUCUACAUUAAGAACCGAGGAGCGGUUUCGUCAUAUGAAUCCCCGGUUCCACACAUUUGUCCUCCAGAGACAUUGCAGAUAUUUUCCCAUGCUGCUGAAUCACCCAGAGAAGUGUAGCGGUGAAGUAGAUGUUCUGGUCGUGGUCAAAUCGGUUAUUGAAGAACACGACCGGCGAGAGGCAGUGCGUAAGACGUGGGGUAAAGAACAGGUCAUUGAGGGCAUGAGAAUCAAAACGUUAUUCCUAUUAGGCGCUCCAUCGACUGGCAAAGACUCAAGAAAUUUACAAGCGCUGGUUCAAUAUGAAGACCGAACCUAUGGGGACAUAUUGCAGUGGGACUUCAUGGACACCUUUUUUAACCUCACCUUGAAGGAGGUCAAUUUUCUGAGGUGGUUCAACAUCUACUGCAAAAAAGUCCCCUUCAUCUUCAAAGGAGAUGAUGACGUGUUUGUCCACUCAAAAAACCUCGUGGAAUUAAUUGGGUUUAAGAUAGAGGAGAAGAAGGUGGACAACCUCAUUGUUGGAGACACCAUUUUCAAAGCAAAACCGAUCAGAAACCGUCAGAGUAAAUAUUUCAUUCCCAAAGAGUUGUAUGAUCAACCCUAUCCACCUUACUUGGGUGGCGGAGGAUUUCUCAUGUCCUCUCAAGUGGCUCAGAGGCUGUUCGUGGUUUCUGAAAACGUGGAGCUUUAUCCAAUUGAUGAUGUGUUUUUGGGCAUGUGUCUUCAAAAGUUAAAUAUCACCCCUGAGCUGCACCUGGGCUUUAGAACAUUCGGGAUCAUAAAGCGCAAAAUGACUCCCUUGAACAGAGAGCCGUGCUUCUUCCGUAACCUCAUUGUAGUGCACAAACUCAGUCCAUUCGAGCUUCUGAAAAUGUGGAAACUUGUGCAAAACGAAGACCUCAACUGUGCCAGACAAGUUGUGUUCUAAAACUCAACUCUAUAUGGGCAUUUAUAAAGAAAGAGAGAACACUUUUCUUUAAUAUUAACCUUUUUAUUAUUAUUAUUUUUAAAUAAUUAUUUUUUAUUUUCAUCCUUUCUUUUGUAACAAAGUUGUGUUAUGAUAUUGUGAGCUAUUGUUAUGAAUGCUUAUAUUGUUAUCCAUUUUUACCAGAAACAAUA